UCGCGACGCGAAUCCCGGGCUGUGCCCCUCGACGAUGGCGGCGUGAGCGCGCGCCCGCGGCCUCCGGCGGUCAUGCCGCGAUGGCCAGAGAGGUAACCGCGCGCGAGCGGCGCCGCGCCGAGCUCUUGCGUAACGGCGGCCCCCGACACGCCCGGAGACAUGUUGAUAUUUUUCUUGGACGUUUUGAAAAAGUACUUAAACAUGAAAGAGACUUCAACUAAUUGUAAAAAUUGUUGUAAACGGAAAGUGACUUUAAAGUGAAAUAAAGUGAGAGUGAGUGCACCGUGAAAAUGAUAGUCGAAAUACAAGAGGAGGUUAGAGGGAAGAGGCCUUUUAAGAUAUGGGACAGUUCUCGAAACGUGAGGAAGGGGCUGGUGGUGACUAGCUUCGAGGAACUUAUACAUAGAGGGAAGGAGAAGUUGUCAGUAGCGGCGAGCGAGCCGGUGCGGCUGGUGCUGGAGAGCGACGGCACGCAGGUGGAAGACGGCGACUACUGGCGCACGCUGCCGCCCAACACCGUGCUGCUGCUGCUGCGACAGGGCGAGCGAUGGUACCCCACCGGCGUCGACGUCAUCAAGGCUGCUAUAUCGGCGAUACCGAAAAUCGUGUGCGAGACGAUACACGCGCUCGAGUUACACGAUGAAACGCCUUCAUGGAAAAUCAUGGACAACAAGGGGCGAGUCACAGUGGUGCUGCACUGGGACCAGCGGCCGCAGGCGUCGCCGGCCGCGCGCUCGCCGUCGCGCCAGCCCAAGCCCGACCGCCGGCCCUCGCUCGUCAUCCAGACCUCGCUGGAGCGAGCGCAGCCGCCGCCGCCGCACAUCACCGUCGUGAACCACGACGAGCCGGGCCCGGCGCGCGCGCGCCGCGCCUCCUCGCUCGAGCAGCACGUGCACACGGCCGAGUGCCGCGCCGCGCCGCCGCCGCACGCGCCGCGCGCCGCCGCCGACGAGUGCGACUUCCACUGCUGCGCGCUGCACGAGGAGGGCCGCCGCAUCGCCGUGCACAAGAGCGUGGCCACGUCGCCCAUCCAGGACGCGCAGCCGCGCGCCUCGCCGCAGGGCCGGCCCAAGGGCCACGUGCGCUUCCUCGACGCCGAGUCGGCGCGGCGCGGCGAGCGCGACUCGUCCGAGAGCGAGACCGAGAACACGCUCGUGGAGGACGAGGCCGUCACGUCCGAGAAGUUCCUGCUGCUCAUCGACCAGCUCAGCGUCGACCAGAAGCGGCACCUCACCAUCAAGGACAUCGGCAUCAUCCUCGAGCGCCUCAGCUCCAAGAUCCUGGACGUGGAGCGCCUCGACCGCGAGUCGGAGUCGGACGACUGCUACAACUGGACCAUCAAGGCCACGAUCCGCGGCGACGCGCUGCGCGAGCUGGGCGUCAUCUACAACGGCAACUACUACGCCAUCAGCGAGCACCCCGGCUACCGGGAGGAGAACGAGGAGGCGGGCGACGAGGGCGAGGAGGAGGAGGAGGAGGACCGGCUCUGAUCGGGCCUGUGCGGCGCCGCCGUGCCCGCCGCCGCCGCGCUGCGCCUCGCGCUGUGCCGCGUGGCCGCGCGCUGACCGCCGCGCCCGUGCGCCGCACGCCCCAAAGACUUUACUCGCCGCGGUCCGCCCGCCCGAGCCCUAGUUAAUAUAAAUAGCGAAAUUAAAUAACUAAAACUGACUUCCUAUCGAUUCCUAAGACGAUAACUCCCCGCGAGUCAGUCAUCGGACAUCAUUUCGAAUCGAUAUUAUACACAUAUUCGCAAGAGAACAAUGGGAUAUUUACUGUAGCGUAAUGUGUAUCGAUUUAUCCGACUUCGUCGAACAGCAGCACAAAUAUUUAUCAUCGACGUUAUUGUCUUUAUUAAUAGGUAAUAAUAAAUUAUAGACGAGUUAGUGACGAAUGCGAAGUACGUACACCUAGCAGCCAUUUGAUCAAUGUUCAGUAUCCAAAUAACAUUCCUGAUUUGUAUUGUUGUAUGAGUUAAUAUAUUAUCUCACCGUCACAUCCCGUAGACACGUGGUAGGCCUAAAUGUUUCGACCGUUAUCGAUUUGUGUUAGAACAUGUUACAUAGUCUUUUCCAUUCUCUAAAACUGAGUAACACCAUUACCUUCUAAAAUUAUGGUUAAGACUUAAAACACAAUAAAUAUAGCGAAAUUGUCUUACGAGUACUAAACAAGGUCAGUAUUAAAUAGGCGUCAGCACCUAAUGGUUGCUACUGCAAUAUGUUCAUACGUACCUAAGUCGUACUUGUAUGUAUUUGGAAGUCGUUGUUGUACGACGAAUAUAUUUAGCUGUCGUGGUAGAUAAAAGAAUAUAAGUAUUGUAUGAGAUGAUUCGAGCUGUGCGGAGUUAGACAGACGAGCGGUUGCUCUUGGUGUAUUAUUUUUACCUAACCAGCAAGCCUAUUGCGAAUCUCAGUGGCUAUGAAAUUGUACACUACGAGAAGUGUUCAAGUAUUGAUAAUGUGUUAUCAUAUUGAAAAGUGUUCAAGAAUUGAGUUACGGUGUCCACCACUAUUGUUCUCUAUCACUAAAGAUGAGAUUCUAUUAGAGCGCACUCAGAUUUAGAGUUAAAACGAGACCGAUUUAAAUAUCAACAUCUCUACACAAAUCUCAGAUCUCUUUAAAGCCUAAAAUUUGGUGUUUAUGAUGCUUAGUUAUAAUAUUUUUAUCUUGCAAAAAGAUACAUAAUAGUUAAUACAAUAUAGAAAAUAUCAUAGAAAAAGUGUCGCUUUGACUUUAUUUUCUUUAAAAGAGUAUAAAAAAACUAAAACAUUACAUUGAAUAAAACUUACCUCAUUCAGUAAAAAUCGCCUAAAUUACAAAUAUGUGCCCAAUCGUGGUUGAGCUGAUAUUUUAACGGGCACUUUAAGAGGUCCGUAAGCUUUUUCAAUUAUUUAUUUACCACAGUGAUGAUGUCAAUUCGAUUGGUUAUAUACCAAAUAGAAAUUGAACACUUUCCGUAGCGUAAAACUAAAUUACAUGUCGCAUCCCUAGAUCAAAACUGUUACAACUCAAAAACAUUUCAAGACUUUUUUCGAAACUCAGUUUUUAUAAUCUAUAGAAGAUUUUAAAGAAUAUUUAGAAGGAAUUAUUGUGCUCUGAACACUACAUAAAACAUAGUUACAACAGUUUUUCUGUACAGAUCAGGAACUGAGAUUAUAAUAUCAAAAGUCAAGGUUUUUGAGUUGAAACAGUUUUGAUCUAGGGGUGCGAUGUCCACUAAGAUACAAAAUAAGACUUUUUAUACACUGCAUCCGAUCCAAAUCCGUGAAUCCUCGAUCCUUACUAAUACCUAUUUGUACGAGAGGCUGAGCACUAGAUAUGAAUUUCGUUUUUCAAAGCCAUAAAACGAAAUUCAGAUCCAGUGUGCAACCCUUCAUACAAAUAAGUAAGUAAAAGACUACUUCGGACUGAGAAUUCUCGGAUUCGGAUCAAAUGCAGUGCGUAAAGAGCCUAAGCAUUGUAUCUGCCGAGCGUAGGGUUGUGCUCGUGAACUCGGCAACCGCGUCUUGCAAAUGAGUGAGUGAGUUGCACUCGAACAUACUUGAGGCGUCUCCGAGAGAACGCAUGAAAUAUUGUUUCAUAGAUAUUAAUAAAGCGUCUAGCUAAUAAACUGAAUAUUAUUAAAAAGGUUGUAACUAAAAAUACGAUAUACCGUCACCGCAAGGAUUCAUCAUGCCAAAUUGGUAUUUGGUAGUUGUAAGUCGAUUCUUGUAUUUGUAAGCUCUAUGAUAUAUCGGUAGUUAUUAAUGUAUAAUGUUUUUAAUUUUUGUAUAGUACCGAUAACGUAAUACGAAUGUAUAAAAUAUUGAGAUUUAAUAAGUUUUACAGCCCCACUGGGUGUCAUGAGAAUGUAUAGUUAUUUAAGGUGUAAUAUUAAUUAAUACGAUGAUUAAAUUAUUAUCGAAUAGGCGCCCGCAGUGAGUCUGGGCGCCGUGGGCGUGUCACUACUGAGUAUGUUUUGAUUCCAACGAGUGUAUACAUUUUGGUGUACGAGUUGAUUUGGUGUAAAAGUUACAUUUUUGUGUGCUGUCUGUUUUUUUUUCUGUGACAUGCGUUCAAUACGGUUCAUGAAAUCUUUAACAUUUUAUUUCACAAUUAUUGUGCUAUAAACUCGCUACUCACGUCUAUCUAUCUAUACAAAUAACAAAUAUUAUGUCGAUCUAUAUUUACAUGUCACUAUAAUAAUGUUUUUUAAAUGCGGUAAAUAUGCAUACAUAGUCAAAAUUUAAAGCAAGCGUUUAAAUUGUUUAUUUUAUAAAAAUGAAUGAAGUUGGAAUAAAUUUUUAUUUUAAAAUAAAUGCUAGAAUGUACUAUAGCAUUAAUAACAUUUAUAUGUAUUUUAAUAACAUAAACAGUGAGUUUUUUUCCAUUUAAGAAAAUAAUCAUGAACCGGUUAUUAAUAUUAUAUGAUUGUAAUAACACUUUUGAUGUUUUGGUACCUAUGUGUAAAUUAAUAAUAUGAUUUUAUUUUAAGGUUUGAUAUUGUGACUUGUCUUUAUUAAUUAUUCUAAUUAAAUAAUUUCUAAAAUACUAUUGCUAUGAAAAUUUAGGUGAAGCUAUUUCGAAAAAGUGGCUAAGUUUCAUGAAGGAUUAACGGGACUUUGCAAAAAUAUAAAAAAAUAACUUUAUUAUUAUUAGAAAUAAAAAAUAACAUAAAAUAAUCACAUGUUGGUCGUAGAAACGAAAUGUUACGAAUAAAGAACAGUUCAAUAUAUUCUUCUUUGAAAUACCAGUGACUUCAAAUAUAAUAUAUAGGUAUAGUCCUAACUCACUCCCCAUUUUAACUCUGAAAAAUCAUGUCAAAGUACGGUUCA